CUAAACUGAGGGAGCCAUUAACCCUUUACAUGCCAGUAACGGGUUGCUACGGAAUGCAUUGUGGUCAGUUCUAUCAGCAAAGUGGUUAACAGACCUUACUGGUAAAUGGCGCACUGUGUCUUGUGAAAUGUGAUCAGAAACCGGAUUGCCGCAGGCUUCUGCUCGUUACACGGGGGUGUAAAACUGAUCCCUUAUAAAUCAUUACACACAAAUACCGCGAUUUUCCCGUGUAUAUGAAGUGCAUUGCAAGCUAGGGACAUGUAUACUACAAUAUUCGAUCACUGGCUGAAGUGUGCGCAGUAGCGCAGACAUGUUCCGCAACAGUCUAAAGAUGCUCCUCAGUGGUGGGAAAUCCAACAGAAAGAACCGCUCUAGUGAUGGAGGGAGUGAGGAGCAACAAGACAGGAGGCAGCACAGCGUAGACUCCCGCCACGGCCGUGCAGCACAAGGUGGCUGCUCCUUGGAAACCGACUGCGCCUUUGAACCAGAUUACCCUAUUACACCUCUUCCUGUCACAGAAGGCAUGCAGCACAUCCGCAUGAUGGAGGGCAUGUCCCGCUCUCUGCCGUCCUCCCCACUUCUCACCCACCAGGCUAUCAGUAUGAGACUUCAGCCUGUCAAGAAACUGACUGCUCCACUGAGGAAAGCAAAGUUUGUGGAGAGCCCCAGAAUUCCAGAGUCAGAAUUAGGAUCCCCGACCCUCGGCUCGUCCCAGAAACUGGACACUGAUGCAUACCUGCUGGGGGAAGAGGAGUCUGUCCUCGGACCCCCUCCAUCUGUUGAUGAGGCUGCAAACACCCUCAUGACCCGUCUGGGCUUUCUUCUGGGAGAGAAGGUCAGCGAGGUCCAGGGAACUGGACCCCAAUACAGCAUGGAGCUACCGGAGGAAAACCAGGGUUCUGCAGUGACCCAGCGGAUCAGUCCAUGCUCCACCCUGACCAGCAGUACAGCAUCUCCACCUGCCAGUAGCCCCUGCUCCACAUUACCGCCUCCCAGCACUAGUGUCCCUACCAAGGACUGCAGCCCUACCUCCACACUGGAGAGCAGGGACAGUGGCAUAAUAGCCACUCUGACAAGCUACUCUGAGAAUUUGGACCGAUCCAAAUAUGGAGCUGAAAGUAGAGAUAGUGGCUCCCGUGGAUGUGUGAAGCAGGGACAAAAGUCAAGCAUGGAUUCAUGUCUGUACCGGGUGGAUGAAAAUAUAAUGGCGUCCACCUUCAGCCUUAACAAGAUACCUGAGAGAGGUCUGGACACAGCUCUGUCCCAAUCUGUGCAGUCCAUCCCACUCUACCUCAUGCCUCGUCCUAACUCUGUGGCAGCCACAAGUUCAGCACACCUGGAAGAUCUUGCUUAUUUGGAUGAGCAGAGACACACACCCUUGCGUACUUCUCUCAGAAUGCCACGUCAGACCCUGGCUGGUCCACGGACCCCACAAGAUCUACGAGUCCGCUUUGCUCCCUACCGGCCUCCAGACAUUUCCCUUAAGCCGCUACUUUUUGAGGUUCCAAGUAUCACCAGUGACACAGUGUUUGUGGGCCGGGACUGGCUGUUUCAUGAAAUUGAUGCACAUCUGCAGAGUGACGAUGAGACUGUGAAUCAGGGAGUGGUUAUAUGUGGCAAUAUUGGCUUUGGGAAAACUGCAAUAAUUUCCAGGCUAGUUGCCUUGAGCUGCCACGGGACUCGCAUGAGACAAGCUACCACUGACAGCCCCCAUGCCUCUCCAAAACAUUCUGAGGCAAACCAUGACCUGACUCAAACAGGGCAGACUCAUUCCAGCAUUUCCAGCGGUAGCUGCCCUGGCACACCAGAAAUGCGUCGCCGACAAGAGGAAGCCAUGAGGAGGAUAGCAGCACAGGUGGUGGCCUAUCAUUACUGCCAAGCGGACAAUGCGUAUACUUGCCUGGUACCAGAGUUUGUGCACAAUGUUGCUGCUCUCCUUUGCCGUGCUCCCCAACUUGUGGCUUAUAGAGAGCAGCUUUUGCGUGAACCACAUCUGCAGAGUUUACUGAGUCUACGCUCCUGUGUGCAGGACCCAGCAGCUUCGCUCCGAAGGGGCAUCCUUGAGCCCCUCGAAAGCCUAUGGAAAGAUAGGAAGAUCCCAGAUGAAGAUUAUAUUAUCCUAAUAGACGGGUUGAAUGAGGCCGAGUUUCACAAACCAGAUUAUGGAGAUACUAUUGUGUCCUUCCUUAGCAAGAUGAUUGGAAAAUUUCCCCACUGGUUGAAACUUAUUGUAACAGUGCGGACCACUCUACAGGAAAUAACCAAGCAACUUCCCUUCCAUCGCAUUUUCCUGGACCGGCUGGAGGAAAAUGAGGCCAUAGAUCAGGAUCUUCAGGCCUACAUUCUGCAGCGCAUUCACAGCAGUUCUGAGAUACAGAACAACAUUUCUCUGAAUGGCAAGAUGGAUAACACCACCUUUGGCAAGCUAAGUUCCCAUCUGAAGACACUGAGCCAAGGCUCUUAUCUGUACUUAAAGCUGACUUUUGAUCUUAUAGAAAAGGGCUACCUGGUUCUCAAAAGUUCUAGUUAUAAAGUUGUCCCUGUAUCUCUAUCUGAAGUCUACCUUUUGCAGUGCAACAUGAGGUUCCCAACACAGUCCUCCUUUGAAAGAGCUCUUCCCCUUCUCAAUGUUGCUGUGGCCUCUCUCCACCCACUAACUGAUGAGCACAUCUUCCAAGCCAUUAAUGCAGGGAGCGUGGAUGGCGGUCUUGAGUGGGAUGACUUUCAACAGCGAAUGGACAAUCUUUCCAUGUUUCUAAUUAAACGAAGAGAUCUCACUAGGAUGUUUGUGCACCCUUCCUUCAGGGAAUGGCUAAUCUGGAGGGAGGAUGGGGAGAAGACAAAAUUCCUAUGUGACCCUAGGAGUGGACAUAUCCUACUGGCAUUCUGGUUCUCCCGUCAGGAGGGAAAGCUGAACAGGCAGCAGACUAUUGAGUUGGGACACCACAUCCUAAAGGCUCACAUUUUCAAGGGUCUGAGUAAGAAAGUUGGUGUGUCUUCAUCCAUCCUCCAAGCUCUGUGGAUUUCUUACAGUACAGAUGGUUUAUCUAUGGCGUUGACUUCACUACGAAAUCUCUAUACUCCUAACAUCAAGGUUAGCCGGCUUUUGAUUAUGGGUGGAGCAAAUGUAAAUUACCGCACAGAAGUUCUAAACAAUGCACCCAUAUUGUGCGUGCAGGCGCACCUUGGGUAUACUGAAAUGGUUGCACUUCUACUGGAAUUUUCAGUCAAUGUAGAUGCAAGCUCUGAGAGUGGCCUGACACCUCUGGGGUAUGCAGCUGCCUCAGGCCACUUGACCAUAGCUAUGCUGCUGUGCAAAAGACGUGCUAAGGUGGACCUUUUGGAUAAGAAUGGUCAGUGUGCACUAGUGCAUGCUGCCUUGCGAGGACAUCUUGAGGUAGUUAAGUAUCUGAUCCAGUGUGACUGGACCAUCGCUGGACAGCAACCAGGGAUCCUAAAGAAAAGUCAGGCAAUCCAGCAAGCUCUGAUUGCAGCCGCCAGCAUGGGAUACUCUGAGACUGUCUCUUAUUUGUUGGAUCUCCCAGAGAAGGAUGAAGAGGAAGAGCAGAGAGCACAAAUAAACAGUUUUGAUAGUUUGUGGGGAGAGACAGCACUGACUGCCGCAGCUGGUCGUGGGAAGCUGGAAGUUUGCCGUCUUCUUCUUGAGCAAGGUGCAGCUGUUUCUCAGCCAAAUCGGAGAGGAGUUGUUCCAAUUUUCAGUGCCGUUCGGCAAGGACACUGGCAGAUUGUGGACCUGCUGCUCACUCAUGGGGCAGAUGUGAACAUGGCAGACAAACAGGGGCGCACUCCCUUAAUGACUGCGGCAUCGGAGGGGCAUGUGGCCACAGUAGAAUUUCUGUUGGCGCAAGGGGCCUCCAUUGGCCUCAUGGACAAGGAGGGACUGACUGCUCUCAGCUGGGCUUGUCUGAAAGGGCAUUUAGCAGUUGUAAGAUCACUAGUGGAGAAUGGUGCCGCUACUGACCAUGCUGAUAAGAAUGGACGCACACCCCUAGAUCUUGCAGCCUUUUAUGGGGAUGCUGAAGUGGUACAGUUUCUAGUUGAUCAUGGAGCAAUGAUUGAACAUGUGGAUUACAGUGGUAUGCGGCCACUGGAUAGAGCAGUGGGGUGCAGGAAUACCUCAGUGGUGGUGGCUUUACUAAAGAAAGGAGCCAAAAUAGGUCCAGCCACCUGGGCCAUGGCAACAUCCAAGCCAGACAUCAUGGUCAUACUGCUGAGUAAGCUGAUGGAAGAGGGUGACAUGUUCUAUAAGAAAGGGAAGGUAAAAGAAGCAGCCCAACGAUACCAAUAUGCUAUGAAGAAGUUUCCACGAGAAGGAUUUGGAGAAGACCUCAAGACCUUCCGAGAGCUGAAAGUGUCUCUCCUGCUUAACCUUUCCCGUUGCCGCCGGAAAAUGAAUGACUUUGGGAUGGCAGAGGAAUUCGCCACUAAAGCUCUGGAGCUAAAACCAAAAUCUUAUGAAGCAUUUUAUGCACGAGCAAGAGCCAAGAGAAGUAGCAGACAGUUUUCUGCAGCUCUCGAAGAUCUAAAUGAGGCCAUACAACUUUGUCCUAAUAAUCGGGAGAUACAGAGACUACUGAUGAGAGUAGAAGAAGAAUGCCGGCAAGUUGAACAGGAAGAAGAGGUGCAAGAGCUGCAGGAUGAGCCAGUACAUGUGACCCAUCAAGAAGAUAUUGAAUGCACGCAAGAUGACAUUUAUGAGGAGGAGUACCUUGAGCAGGAUAUGGACAAUGUAACUGUUGGUUUACAGACUGAUGGGAGGCAAUGUCAAGGUCUCCCUGAUAUGCAGAGCCCGCCCCAGUCUCCUGUUCAUCAUGAUUCUGCCUAUAUGUCAAGUUCACACCAGGUUUUUGACUUCAGAUCCAACAGCUCAGUGGGCUCACCUACACGUCAGGGGUACCAGUCUACUUCACCACCCCUUUCUCCCACACACCAGAACCCUCACUACAGACCCAGCCCGCCACAUACCUCUCCAGCCCAUCAGAGCUCGUCCUACCGCUUUAGUCCGCCACCAGUGGGAGGUCAGGUCAUGGAUUACCCCAGCCCACCACCCUCACCUCUCAGGAGAGCCCCCCAAUACAGAGCUAGCCCUCCAAGUGACAGCAUUGGUGUGUACAGACAGCAGUCUGGCUCCCCUGUGAGAUACCAACAAGAGCCAUGUAUAGGACAGCAUCCAGGCAGACCCAAGUCCCCAUUGUCAAAAAUGUCACAGAGGUCUUUCCAGAUGUCGCAGCUUCCUACUGCUGUGCCACAACCUGCACAUAGGCUUCAGCCAGCCAAGGCUCAAAUUGUUCGGAGUAACCAGCCUAGCUCUGCAGUACACUCAAGUGCAGUAAUUCCAGGAGGAACAUAUGGGCAGAUGGCACAUGGUAUGGCCAGUAAAUAUCAGACUUCUGGGGAGAUCAGCCAAAGCCGACUGGUCUAUCAAGCUUCUCUAGGUGGUCUUAUAGCAGAUGGCCGACCUGUGCAACAUGUACAAGCAAGUUUAAGUGCAGGAGCCAUCUGUCAACAUGGUGGAAUAGCCAAGGAAGAUAUGCCCCAACGGCCAUCCUCUGCCUACAGAGGAGGCAUGCGCUAUAACCAAACACCACAGAUUGGUCGGAGCCAGUCUGCAUCCUACUACCCAGUGUGUCACACCAAGCUAGAUCUUGAUCGUUCUUCAAUGCCCUCCAAUCAGUUGGGGUCUCCAGAUGUUUCCCACCUAAUCCGUAGACCUAUGAGCAUCAACCCCAGUGAGAUCAAGCCUCACCCACCGACUCCAAGACCGCUACUACACUCGCAGAGUGUGGGACUACGAUUUUCCCCAUCCAGCAACAGCAUCUCAUCCUCUUCCAGCCUUUCUGCCACCUUCCGUCCCUCUGCCUCUAUACAGCAAAUGGAAAUUCCACUCAAGCCAGCUUAUGAACGGCUUUGUGAUGAGUUAUCUCCUGUUUCCCCACCCCAGGGGAGUUACCCCAAUGAACCCACUCGCUCUAGGACCACACCCUUUAUGGGCAUAAUCGACAAAACAGCACGGACUCAGCAGUAUCCUUAUCACCACCAGCAGAGCCGAACCUGGGCUGUGUCCUCAGUGGAUACUGUCCUUAGCCCUACAUCUUCUGGCAUGCUUCCCCAGCAGGAAUCAUUCAGUCCACCAUCCUCUAUCAGCAACAUCGCCUUUUAUAACAAAACCAACAAUGCACAGAAUGGGCAUCUGCUUGAAGAUGACUACUACAGCCCACAUGGAGUACUGGCCAAUGGCUCCCGUGGGGACAUUUUGGAGAGAGUCACCCAGACCUCUUCCUACCCUGACGUCAAAGUGGCUAGAACACUACCUGUUGCUCAGGCCUACCAGGACAACCUGUACCGGCAACUGUCCAGGGACUCCCGGCAGGGUCAGACUUCACCCAUUAAACCAAAGAGACCAUUUGUGGAGUCUAAUGUGUAGUAUAAUAGACAAUUCCUUCACUUCAUCUCUUUUAUUUUUAUUUUUUCAGUGCAUCAUACCUUCCUCCCAACACAAACUCCCUACCUCCUUCCAUGUUUGUCUAACUUCCUACACGCAAUUUGUUAUUGGCGCAAGUCUAUGGAGACCACAUUUUGGUUCUCCUUGUCCUCCAUUGCCCAUUUCUGCACUCUUUCACCAUUUUUUUUGCCCUGUUUGACAGAGAUUAUCCUUCAGUGUUCAAGAGACUCUGUGGGGGUCCCUCUAGCCCUGAAGGAAUUUGAAUCUUAGCUCAUCAACCUCUUUCCAGUUUCCCCAAUUUCUAUUUAAAUUUGUGAUUAUUUUAUUGUUAGAUUUUAACUAUUUGCUGCCCUUGCCACUCUACAUUUUUGAGCUAAAUUGAUUUAUUGUGAGUGAAACUGUCUCAGCUGAUCAAGGUUUUACUGGUAGGCUGUUUAAGGGUUUUGGGUGUUAUUCUGUAUUAUUCGCCUUAAUCCUGUGACAAUUUCAGUUAAAUUUAUUUGAUCCCGAAACUUAAACACAGAUACAAAGCCAAGUCACUCACAGCUCCAAGGUGUUCUGGAAAGUAGAAAAAGGGCUAUAUAGAUGUGCGUGUAUGUGUAUUUAUUUAUGUUUGUGUGAGUGUGUAUAGAGAUAUUUAUACAUUAUAUAUAUAUAUAUAGAUAGAGAGAGAGAGAGAGAUGUGUAUAUAGAGGAAUCAACGGGAGACCACACUCAUGGUGCUUAAAAUAAUAAGUGUUUCUUUGCACAAAUGUCCCAUGUCUGAGAUCUCCUGCUGACGUCUGUCUUAUAAAAGUUAUGACUGCAACAGGACCCUUUUGUUUUACUGGUAUGAAUGCCAACUUGGAGUUUAAUUAUAUAAUUGGUGCACAUUAAUUUUGCCCGACACAUGAACUCUCCUCAUUUGUCAUUGAGGACAAGUUUUUUCCCCAGACUUUUGCAUGUAGACUUGGUUCCAAAUUCCAAGAAAAACAUACUGACCAGGAUUGCAGGCAAAUGCCCCUGAGGUUAAGUCUGCUCUCUUAUGUCUGUACCAUUUUAUUAAAAGUUUCCUUUCAUUCCA